AUGCACUCCCUCCUCUUCACUGCUGUCGUGGCUGUCCUCGCUCGCCUUGCCUUUACACAGUCCAUCGACCCAAACUCAGUUCCUCUUUCCACAAGACAGACUUGGUGUAACUCACAGAUCUCGGAAUGCCCGCUGAUUUGUCUGCAAGAGGCGGGCAAUUCGGCUGGCACAGACUCCAACACCUGUGACCCUUCCUCGCUCACUUACAGCUGCAUCUGCUCGAACGGCCUCGCUCCCAACGCCUCCGAAUACUCUCAAACACUUCCCUAUUUUAUCUGCACCCAAUACAACUCGAACUGUCAAGCUUCUUGUGGGAAUGAUAAUCAAUGUGCUGCCGCAUGUGUCCAAGAUCACCCUUGCGGAGCAACCAAUCCGACAAGAGUCAACACCAGCACAAUUACAACAAUGCCCGCCACAAGCACAACUGCAGGUGCAGCAGCUUCGACUGCCUCCGACGGGGUGAUAUACACUGGCUUUGGCGGGGGCUCAGCUGCCACCACGGCGGCGUCUAGCUCAGGUAGCUCGGCAGCAUCAAGAGUCGUCGUGGACAUCGGCCAGAUCUAUGGGUUAGGAUUACUGGUCGCUGGCAUCUUUGCUGGAUUCAGCUUCAUGCUGUAA